ACAUAGAGAAGUAGCAACACAGACUCGCUUCUGGCACAUUACUGGUCACCAGUAAGCUCCCAGACACCAUGGUGCAUUUUACUGCUGAGGAGAAGGUUGCUGUUGUUAGCCUGUGGGCCAGGGUGAACGUGGAGUUGGUUGGAGGCGAGGUCCUGGGAAGGCUCCUGGUUGUUUAUCCAUGGACCCAGAGGUUCUUUGACAGUUUUGGCAACUUGUCCUCUGAGUCUGCAAUAAUGGGCAACCCCAAGGUCAAGGCCCAUGGCAAGAAGGUGCUGACCUCCUUUGGAAAUGCUGUUAAACAUAUGGAUGACCUCAAGGACACCUUUGCUGAGCUGAGUGAGCUGCACUGUGACAAGCUGCACGUGGAUCCUGAGAACUUCAAGCUUCUAGGCAACAUGAUAUCGAUUGUCUUGGCAACCCACUUCAGCAAGGAGUUUACCCCCCACAUGCAGGCUGCUUGGCAGAAGCUGACAGCUGCCGUGGCGAAUGCUCUGGCCCACAAGUACCACUGA